AUGGAAGUUGAAGUGAAGCUCCGCAUACCCGAUUCCGAAACGUACAAAACCCUAAUUUCUCUCCUCUCCCCUUUCCACAUCAGAACCCACAACCAGCACAACAAUUUCUUUGACGGCGUCGCCGGCCAACUCUCAUCCAAGCGCGCAGUCCUCCGCAUCCGCUUCUACAACGACCAACCCACCACUAAAUGCAUCAUCUGUCUCAAAGCAAAAGCCGUACUAGUAAACGGAGUGAGCAGAGUCGAAGAAGACGAAGAAGAACUCGAUCCAACAAUUGGCCAAGAAUGUUUAACUGACCCAAACCGUUUAGGAUCUCUGGUCGAAUCCUCAAGAAUCAUGAAAAGGGUCAAAGAUGAAUUUUUUGGUGAAAUCAACGAUGUUGAAGGGCUAGGGUUUGUGUGUUUGGGUGGAUUUAAGAAUUUAAGAAAUGUGUAUGAGUGGAAAGGGUUGAUGAUUGAAGUGGAUGAAACAAGUUUCGAUUUUGGUACACUGUAUGAGAUUGAGUGUGAGAGCACUGAGCCUGAGAAAGCUAAAGAACUGAUCGAGGAAUUCUUGAAGGAGAAUGGGGUUUCUUAUUCCUAUUCAGUCGCUUCAAAAUUUGCCAUUUUUCGAUCUGGGAAAUUGCCAUAG